CGUGGCGUGGCUGCUUCGGGUGUGCAGUCCGCUCGGGCCGCGUUCCGCUGCCUCACGCCCUCGGGCUGUGGCCGCGGGCACAUCCCGGGCUGGGGUGUCCUCUAGGCCAAGGAGUGACUUGUCCUGCUGAAGAGAGGAACACAGAGCCCUGUUUCUCUCAGCUGGCUGUGCCACAGCACUUUGCUGAACUCCAGGUAGCCCCUCCACUCUUUCCUGGCGUCUCUGUGGAAGGAUCAUGGAAGAAACUGAGGAGGAAAAAAAGGAUGAGGCUGAUUAUAAAAGACUUCACAGUUUUCCUCUGAUAAGGCACUCGGACAUGCCGGAGGAGAUGCGUGUAGAGACCAUGGAGCUGUGUGUCACAGCAUGUGAGAAGCAUGCCACCAACAACGAGAGUGCUGCCAAAAUGAUCAAAGAGACGAUGGACAAGAAAUUUGGGUCCUCCUGGCAUGUGGUGAUUGGGGAAGGUUUUGGCUUUGAGAUCACUCAUGAGGUGAAGAACCUGCUGUACAUGUUCUUCGGUGGCAGCCUGGCCGUGUGUGUCUGGAAGUGCUCCUGACCCCUGGCCAGGUCCCAGACUUACUGAACACAAGAGAUUUCUUCUUGCUCUUGACAAGCUUUGUAUGAUCUGGAGGUGGGGCUCUAUUUUUAAUACUUAAAUGUCAAGAUUUCUUUUUUCAUACUGACGUAACAGUUCUGUGGGAUACAUAAAGUUGGUGCAUGUGUGUGUAUAAACUUGCUAAACUGUCCUGUCCUUGCUUGUGGGAUUUCUCAUCUGUCUGUGGCUCUUUCCUUGGUGUUUGAGCUGGAGCAGGAGGGAAGUAAGGAAUAGGUAAUCUCACAACACACUGCACAUCACCACUAGCAGGGGAAAGCAAAAGUAAAAGCAAAAAGGUGCCAUCUAGCCCUAUGGUGUUUUUAAUUCCCAUUUGUUCCACAUAGUUUUCUUCUCUCCUUUGCUUUCUCUGCUACCAUGCAGUAUGGCUCUGACCAGCACCUGUCUUUCCUCUCUCUGGAUGCUGCUUAUACAUUCUUCCUCCCUUCUGAGAUGUCUGUGCAGACCUGAUAACACCAAGGGUCUCUCUUCAGGCUGUCUAUGGAGGUGUGAGCCACAGGGAAACAGUCCCAGAUUGCCCUUCCCUGCUGUUUUGGGAGGGUACAACAGCUGAGCUGCCUGGGUGUAGGAGGUUGCUAUGCAAACUGCCCCCUCCUUUCUCACCCACAGCUCACUGAGACAGCAUGAAAACACAGGCAGCUGAUGAUGCCUGGGGAGUGGGUGAGAGCUCUUUUUAAGGCUCAAAUGCCUCCCUGUCAGUUCCUGGGGGUGUUGCAAGUGCUGUGUACUUUGAGCAUCUUGUUUGGAGGUUGACAGAGGAAGGAUGCUCCAUGUGAAAUAUAACUUGGUCAUCAGAAACCUAAUGUCUUUCUGGACUUGCAUUCUUUUAGCCUGUUUCAUUUUUUUAAAGCUGUUGGUGUUGGAGGAUUGAAUGAGCGUAACUAUGUUACGUAUAUGGCUUAUUUAUAAAACCUGGGGAACUGUGUUUUUACAAUAAAAGUUCAGUAAAAUGUC